CUUCCCAAUCACAAAAUCGAUCUCUCUAAAUUCACACCCAAAAAAUCCAAUAAUCUAAAAAACCCUCUUUACAUCUCUUUUUUUUUUUGGCCACUAUGUUACCGGAUAAACCAUUGUUUUUCCGGUCAACUAUUCAAUGGUCUUUCAGGGUUUUACUGUUGGCAGUAAUUCUUGGUUUAUUUCUCUUCUUUUUAAGUACAGAUUUCCAUAAAGAUCUCAUCUUUAACUUGAAUGACAACAAACUAGUAAAUAAUAACCAUAAAAACUUCACUUUCCAAGAAAACCCAGUUCAAGAAACUUCAGUUCAAGCAACCCAAGUUCAAGAAAACCCAGUUCAAGAAACCCCAGUUCAAGAUUUCAUCCAACCACCAUUAACUCAGCUGAAUCUCACCGGAAAACCUGUAGAUCCGGUGACCCUUUACCCCAAAUGGCUCAAACCUCUUCAAGACUUGUCAAACUACUCAACAAAUUUACUGACCCAAUGGCUAGCCCCAGGUGGUGAGCCAUGUAAAGAUUCUGUUACUGAUGAUAUAUACGUACAUGGUUUGGAUGAUAUAUAUAAUCUUGAAAAAAAGAAAAAUAGUGAUAUUGUAUUGGCUACUGGGGUUAUUCAUGAAUAUGUGAUACAAACAUUGGAUAAGUUUGGAAAUAAGAGGUGUUUGGGUGGUGAUUAUUUUGAGACUGAUAUUUCUGGUGAUUAUUGGAAAUCUAGGCCUCCUGUUAAAGAUUUAGGUAACGGAAAUUACUCUUUUGCCCUUCAAGUUCAUCCUGAUUUUACUGGUGUGUAUAAUUUUACUGUUAUUUUACUGUUUAGACAUUACCAAGGCUUAAAAUUCUCCCCUGAAAGAUUUGCUGUUGAUAAACUACUUCGUGUUGUUUCCAUUAGUUUUGUAAAUGGUAAUAGUAGUAGUGGUAAUAGUAAUGCGGUAAAUCUGGUUUUGCCGGAGUUAAAAAAGUGUAGAAAGAGGGAUUUUAGGAGAGAUGUUUGGUCUGGUCGAUGGACCCGACCAGAGAAAUUUGAUGUGUGUUUGAUUAGCAAUGAUGGUAGAUUUCGGUGUCCGAAAUAUAGUUACCCAUGUAAGAAACCAUGGUGUGAUGGGCCGUUAGGAUCCGUUGAGAGUAACGGGUGGGUAUAUUCUACCCAUUGUUCAUUCAAGUUAUUUGAUUCGAAAUCUGCUUGGAAAUGUUUGAACAAUAGGUGGUUGUUCUUUUGGGGCGAUUCGAAUCAUUGUGAUACGAUUAGGAAUAUGCUUAAUUUUGUUUUGGGUUAUGAAAUCGCUACGGUUCCUAGGUUGUUUGAUAUGAAUAUUACUAACCCGAAAAACCCUCUUCAGUCAUUUCGGGUUACUAAUGUUUUUAACGGGCAUUAUAACCAUACAGGGAAUUACCAAGGAUUAAAUUCGUUAUAUAAUGAUGGUUAUAGAGAGUAUCUGAAAGGGUUUUUUUCGGGUGAGGUUGUGCCCGAUACAUUAGUCAUGAAUUCAGGGUUACACGAUGGGGUCUAUUGGCCGAAUUUGAGGAGGUUUAUAAAGGGCGCACAUGAUGCUGCUGAGUUUUGGGCCGGGGUUAUAGACGGGGUACGGAAGAGGAAAGUCGUCGCCCCAGAAGUUGUUUACCGGACAACCGUCGCCACAGGCGGGUACGCGCGUAGAUUGGUGUUUAACCCGCAUAAAAUGGAGGCGUUUAACGGUGUUUUUGUUGACAAGUUGAGAGAGUUUGGAGUGAUUGAUUAUGUUGUGGAUCAUUUUGACAUGACUUAUCCGUGGCAUUUCGAUAACCGGUGCAAUGAUGGUGUACAUUACGGCAGAGCUCCGGCGAAGGCGCGGUGGCGGGAUGGUGGUAUUGGGCAUCAGUAUUUUGUUGAUCUCAUGUUGUGUCAUGUGUUGUUGAAUGUAUUAUGUUCAAGGUAGUUUGUAGGUAAGUCACACUUGACAUGAGGGAAAGUUGAUGUAUUCUUAUGUAUAUUAUGUAUUUUUUUGACCAAUGUAGUUGGUGUUAUUGAAGAGGGAUAUAUGGGAUGGUGAUUCUUUAUUA